AUGAUAAAGCGCGCGACGUCGCUUUGGCAUCGGCAACAAGGUCCGAAGCGCUUUUUGAAGCUAUCCUCUCAUCGCUUGGCCAUUCGUGACAUCGUCACUUUAGCAAUCGAGACAUCAUGCGAUGACACUUCAGUGGCCAUCGCGGAGCUACUUCCAAUCUCAUCAUCAUCAUCAUCAUCAGAACAAUCAGCGCGUCUCAAGGUUCAUUUUCACGAAAAGAUUACGUCCAACAACGAUGAAUUCGGCGGCAUCAACCCCAUCACAGCCUUACAAUCACACGCCGCAACCCUGGCCCCCUUAAUCGCAAGGGCAUUGAAAACAUCUCCCAAGCCCGACCUUGUAGCGGCCACUCGUGGCCCAGGAAUGCGUAGUAAUCUCCAUGUCGGUCUACACACUGCCAAGGGACUCGCUUUGGCCUGGGAUGUUCCCUUCAUCGGCGUUCACCAUAUGCAGGCACACGCGCUCACGCCGAGAUUAGUAUCGGCGAUGAACGAGAACGGAUGUAAAGAUGAAUUUCUGACUCCCACGUUCCCGUUUCUUAGUGUGCUCGCGAGUGGCGGCCACACCAUGUUGAUCGAUUCGCAGACGUUGAUCGAGCACAAGACACUGGCCGAGACGGGCGAUAUUUCACUCGGCAGCCUGUUAGACAAAGCUGCUCGCAGGAUAUUACCAGCGGAGCUUUUCAAAUCACCAUAUGGAAAAGCAUUGGAGGAUUUCGCCUUCCCAAAUGGAUCGGCAGACUAUCAUUACGACCCGCCCCGGCGACGGCAGGACGAUCUCGCGCGCAGACCAACACAAUGGAAAUGGUCCAUGCCAAUCCCACUCGCCGAGAGCGGCGGUGGUGACAAAAGUCCCAAUCGAAUGCUGUACACUUUCGCAGGGUUGGAGACUACCAUCAAGCGUUUCAUGGAAUUUGAGACGACUACAGAUGGCAUCAGCACCAAGUUACCUCGUAAUCCUGUGGAUGUGAGCCUUGAGGAAAGGCAGGAAAUGGCUCGUGAAGUGCAGCGCGUCGCCUUUGAGCAUCUAGCAUCGCGAGUUGUUCUAUAUUUAUCCUCGAAUCAGAACAAUGGAGUCAAAUCGUUGGUCGUUUCCGGCGGUGUCGCAUCGAACCGAUACCUGCGUCACAUCCUGCGCUCAAUACUGGACGUGCGUGGCCAUCAAGACGUUGAAGUUUUGUGCCCGCCGAUUGCUUUGUGCACGGACAAUGCGCUGAUGAUUGCAUGGGCAGCGCUUGAAAUGUGGAAUGCCGGACACGAGUCUGACCUGAGCAUUGAACCUAUACGUACGUGGUCGAUGGAUUCUGCUUCGUCCGAUGGUGGUAUCAUCGGUGUCGGCGGCUGGAAAACUCGUGUUGCUGCUCUCGACGCCAAUGUCAAUAAAAUCAGAUUAUGA